CGUACAUGAUUUCUUUUUACUCUCGCGGAACUUGACGGUAAGGUAGUGUUGCUAGGCAAAGCAGCUUUGAAUUUGGUUCUUAAAAUUGAAUGAGCUGUAAGGAGCUGCAAUAAAGUCACCAUUAAACAUAAGCUGGAGUGAUAUUGCUGGUGGACGGGACGUUUGGCAACAUGGAGGAUGAUGCUCCAGUCAUUUAUGGCCUUGAGUUUCAGGCCCGUGCUUUGACUGCACAGACGGCUGAAACUGAUGCUAUAAGGUUUUUAGUGGGCACUCAGUCCCUCAAAUUUGAUAAUCAGAUCCACAUCAUUGACUUUGAUGAUGAGAACAAUAUCAUUAAUAAGAAUGUGCUCCUGCAUCAUGCUGGUGAGAUAUGGCACAUCAGCGCCAGCCCUGCUGACAAAGGAGUGCUGACCACAUGCUAUAACAAGACCUCAGAGAGUCGUGUGCUAACUUGUGCAGCGGUGUGGAGGAUGCCCCCGGAAUGGGAAUCAGGCAGCCACGAAUCCCCCGACGAUUCAUCAAACAGCCCACAGACCCUGGAGCUCCUCUGUCACCUUGACAACACAGCCCACGGCAACACGGCCUGUGUGCUGUGGGAGCCCAUGGGCGAUGGCAAGCGCGUGAUUUCUCUGGCUGAUAGCCACGUCGUGCUCUGGGACCUUCAGGAGAGCUCCACCAAGGCCACGAUUUCCAGCAGCGCCACCCUGGAAGGCAAAGGGCAGCUGAAGUUCACCUCAGGCAAAUGGAGCCCUCACCACAACUGCACCCAGCUGGCCACAGCCAACGACACGGCCAUCCGCGGCUGGGACCUCCGCAGCAUGAGUCAAAUCUACUGCAUUGAGAAUGCCCACGGGCAGCUGGUGCGAGACUUGGACUUCAACCCCAACAAGCAGUACUACUUGGCCAGCUGUGGAGACGACUGUAAGGUCAAGUUCUGGGACGUGAGGCAUAUCAACGAGCCCGUCAAAACCCUGGAGGAGCACUCACACUGGGUGUGGAGCGUGAGGUACAACCACUCACACGACCAGCUGCUGCUUACAGCCAGCAGUGACAGCAGGGUGAUUCUGUCCAACAUGGUGUCCAUCUCCUCCGAGCCCUUCGGCCACCUAGUGGACGAUGAUGACCUCAGUGACAGUGAGGAGGCUCAUCAUGAAGAAAAGAGCAAAGAGCCGCUGCAGGACAGCAUCAUCGCUACGUACGAGGAGCAUGAGGACAGUGUAUAUGCGGUGGAGUGGUCUUCAGCUGACCCUUGGCUAUUCGCCUCCCUGAGUUAUGAUGGCAGAUUGGUCAUUAACAGGGUGCCCAGGGCCCUGAAAUACCGCAUCUUACUGUAGAGUGACUGAUUAAACGGGUGAACGAGAGCAAGAAGCACUUGUAAACUGCUGAAUGUGAGUGAAAUGAAUGCAGGAGACAUCAGAAACUCAGAGCUCAUGAAACCAAAAAAAAACAUGGAAGAAGUUUGAAAAAAGAGACGAUAGGCCUGGAAAGCAUGAGUCGGAAUAAAUCUGCAUAAAACACACAUCCGCUAUUAACACUACCAAUUAAAGACAGUCCCAGAGUGCAGUGGGAUGGCUUGGAGGCUGUUUGAAGGCGAGAGGGCCGCAGGGCAUGGAGUGUCGUUUGUCUUUGAAAAAGCCCCUUGUGUUGAUAGCCAGCGCUGGUUGUGUUAGCGAGGCGUAGGCUCGCUUCAUCUCGGCCAGCCUCGGGCAGCCCAGCGCCUGGCUUCAGCCCCACCACUGAGUACAAAGUGCAGCCAUGGAGAAAGGCCUGCCAGGGGGAGCCCGGCGCAGCAGGCCGCUCUACUGCAGCCUCCGCACUCCACUCACUCUCUCUUCUUUACUUUCUCCCAUCUACUCCCUCCAGACCCACCACACUACUCCUCACAAACAGCCUCAGCUGUGGACAAAGAGUGGAAUGAGGAGUCCACCUAAACUUUAAAUGAGUUAACAUUAAAUCCUUGCUGAGCAUCACCAGAUAUCAGUAGCUGACUGUUAAAAGUUUGGGGACAGCUUGUUUUUAUUUUGCAGUGUAACAAGUAGGACUUGAUUUUCACUGUUACUUUUCAACUGACUAUCCAUGCACUGCUGACAAGCUUUAUAGAACACUGGCAAACAUCCUCUUCAACCUUGUGAACAUCUGUUUAAAGGCUAUAUUUCGCUGCUGUCAGAACAAAACCUUUUAUCUCCAUUUUUGUCAUUUUUCACUUUUUGACAUAAUUACAUUCUUUGUAGAUUUCUGGUUCAAUUGACUUACAUUAAGAGUAAAAUAUGUUUUUUACUUCUCCUGUAAAGUUACCAUUUUGGAGAUAAGAGGUUUUGUUCCGAUAACAGUGAUUUGCAUAAUUAACACAGAGUUUCCGGUUUAAAAUGCUGUGCUACUGAAGUUAGACUAGGUUGUCAUGGUUAAUUGUAACUAGGCAAGGUGUAAAUAACAGCAAAUUAGCAGCCACUAAUGUUAACUUGAUUACAAAACAGAAAAAAAUCCAAUUAAAUAGAAUUUCAAAUGAACACACUCCAGAUGUUUUGAUGGAAACUCUGGUUUGUGCUACAGUUUCUCAUUAGGUUGACUGGGAUUUUUUCCUUCUCGCUCUAUAGCUGUCUGGUAGCUAAAAAAGAACACGUAGAGCAUGGAUCAGCUAUUAAAUUAAAAAAAAGGCCUGCAAAGGGGAAUUCCAUUGAUAUUUAAAAUUUUCUCCAUAAUUGUCAAAGAUUUUAAGUAAGGGGUGGUGAAGUGUGAUCCUGGAGGAUCAGAGUCCAGCACAGUUUGGUGAUUUUCGUGCUAAACACACCUACUAAACCUUAGGCUUUUUAGUUGAAGACAGAAAAUCAUCGAACUGCACUGUUCUCCAGCCCUCCGGGACUGGAGUUCACCACCCUUCUUUUAAGUCAUUCAAAGUGAAAUGCUCAGUGAAACUUACCAAGUCAGAAUUGUUCACAGUGGUGGUGAUGGGAACCAGACAUCUGAAGAGUUUAAUGCUUCUAAAAAAAAAACAGAAAGUUAUUACAUGAAAUAGAGAGACGCUUUUACAGUUGUUUUAAAAUUAGAUUUGAAAACAUUUUUUAUUUUAAUCCAUUCAUGAUGGAGAGAUCCAUUCAUGUAGGGCAUUGUAAAGUAAAAUAAUCUUCAAAGAAAACAUUUUUUCAGAUUUGCCACUAUUUCUCCAUUAUCAACAUUGCAUAUAAAAACUAAGGAGACACGUGUAGGUUCACUGGCCCUUCUGGAUAGUAAAUAAAACGGCUAUAUGUGAGUUGUAGGGAUUGCAGCCCCUGGUUCCUAUCACCACCACUGGCCAUGAACCAAAGCCUUUACAUUAUCUCAAAGCCAUCUGAAUGAUUUUGUAUACAUCUCUAUGAUUUCAUUAUGCAGAAAUUUGGUAAAAUAUCGGUGGAAUUUAACAAACAACAGCUGGUUAUUUUUACAUUUCGGGUAUAUUUUGCAACACUCGGUUUUAAAUUAUGACAUUUUCUUUUCCAAACUGUUGUUUGAACCCUUAUUUUCAAAAAUUUUUGGCUCAAAGGUAGUUUAAAGUUUGAGUGCUGGUGAGCGCUGACAUCACAACUACGAGGUAAAACUUGUGGCGUAUGUCAUUAUUCUAAAGUAGUACUGUUACUAAUAUUAUCAGAUUUUGCUUUCCUCAAAAUAAACCUGCAUAGCCUUUAAUAUAUAAUGUUAAAGUUGUUCCAAACUGAAAAGAAAACAUGCUUAUUUGUUUUGUACAGGUAGGAGUCCCCAACUUUUAACAGGCAGCGUGUAUAUUACUUGAACAUAGAUAAAUGUUUUAAUGCUUUCUGAAGCUUUUCCAGUUCUGAUGUGAAAAGCUUCUGAUAUGAAAGGUUUCUGUUUAAAUCUUUAUGAACAUGUUUAUAUAGAAGCAGUGAUGUUCUUUCUCUGUAUUGCAGAAGGAGGAAUUGCUUGUAUGUACCUGACCUUGCAUAUUUUGACGAAGGUGUGGAAAAGUCUGAUAGAAUCUAAUUACUCCUGUGCAGUCCAAAUAAAACGGUUUCAGUGAUGAAAGACU